ACAGCGUCCUAUAAAAGUCACCCAGCAGCCAUCUUGCUAACCCAUUCAGGCAUAAAUAUGACACCUAUUUUAAACCAUUACGUGAAUUAACUUUCAGUUAAAUUUAAAUAGUCAGCGGGACAUUACAUUAAUGAAGCAGUCGUUCAUUCUUAUACAACUCUGUGCUAAAAUACGUCUUUGUUUCUUUGUUGUUUGUUUUCUCAGUGCCUAGUUUUUCUCGUAUACAGUACAGUAUGCAUUAUUCUCAAAGCUGCAAUUAAAAAAAAAGAGAGCAAGAGGAGAUCGUGAUAUUAGAAAUUCCCUGGCAAGGCUUCUUAGCUCACGGCGAUCUGCGUAACCGUGACUCUGGCCACGUAAUUUGUUCGACGUCACUGGUUGCCAUGGCAGUGGGAAAGCCUGGCGUCUCCAGGGAAACAGAAAGCGUCAACAAUCCAAACCGCUUUUUAUUUUGUUUAUUAGUUUUUUCUGAAUGGAUUGUCUUGGGGUAUCUUCCGCAAAGAGCCUCCGGGCUCUGUCUGCCUUGUUGUCCAGUCAGCAGGAUGAAGAAGAGGAAGAUGAGUGUAAAGAUGUGAAAGCAUAUGCACGUUUGGGUCCCGGACAUAUUGGCCCCCUACCCAAAAACGAAAAACAAGUGUCAACCGCAAACACGAAGAAGAACAGCAAAGAUAUCUGGUGUGAAGAAGAAGUGGCCGAAGGCUCACAGUAUGAUGAUCUGACUGACCCAAGGCCACAACCUGAGUAUGAAAUAAUCCUGAAGCAGAGUGUAGGAACAGAGGAUCUCUUCUUGGGAUUAAGCAGAAAGGAUCCAUCCUCCAUGUGUUGUGAAGCCAUGCUGGUAAAAAUCAAACUACCAGACACUAAAGCAAAAGAGGUGGUACUGGAUGUGAAAGAAAAGUUCCUUGAUCUACGGACGCCGAAAUACAAACUGGGGCUCCAUCUCCCCGAUCCGGUCCACAAAAAUGAGAGCAAGGCCCAGUUCUUCAGUGAGAGGGAGGAACUGGAGGUGACUCUACUAAUGAAGCGUCCUAUGGACUUCAUCAAUAUGCAAUGAAAAAGGAUGAUUUAGCAGCAAAUAACAUUAUACAAACUGACACAUUAAGCAUUAAAACCAGAAAGGAAUUGGGAAAUAAUCAGCAAAAACUCUGCUAUGAAUUUCUUCAUGAAUUUUGUGAGUUUAAGCUAUUGCUUGUGCCAUCACAGCCUCUAUGACUGUUAAAUUGUGGAUUUCUAAUAAAUACUUGACU